UAUAUAUAUAUAUAUAUACACGCACAUUAUAAAUAGUUCAUUAUUAACGAAUUAGCAAAUUAUCUUAAUCAUUAGAUUUCUCAGAAGAAAAAAGAAUAAGAUCUAAAGGUACAAUCUCGCUUAUCCGAACAAGUCGGAAAACAAUGCAGUUCAGAUAACCGAGCAGUCCUUAUAGUAAAGAUUGACUAAUUAUUCCAUUAAGCUUUUCUUAUUAACUCGAAUAGUAGAAUUUAAUAGUAGAAUUUAAUAAUGUCAUUCUUUGACAUGCAGAUAGUUUCUAAGUACAAAAUAUAGAUUGUAUAUAUUAACAUAUCCAUUAUCAAACUACGUGUUUGUGCGUGUAUAAUUGAAAUAAUGUUCGACUAUACUUCGGAUAAUAAAAACUCAACGUUAACUUGUUCAUAUAAAUGAGGAGCUAAUAAGUGAGACUCUACUGUAUGUAAAAUACUUGUUCAUUUUUUUCGUAUAUAUACAUACUUUACAUAUUAACGUUUAAGUACAUUUAUAAAAAUUAAGAACAUUUCUUGAUAAUACUAAAUUAAUUUAUGAGAAAUGGUUGUUUUAGUUACUGUGACUUUUUGGUAGAGAAUAUAAUUAAAAAAUAAGGAAGUUAGUACUCGAGAUAUGUUUAUUGAUAUUUCUAUUACGAAUUUUAAAGAAAAGAAAAAGUCCUAAAAGAAUAGCCAUCCUUGUUACUUGUUACUACUGUCAUAUUGAUUAGUCUUGAUUACUAAGAGUAGGGAGACAGUACAAAAUGUAUAGACGGAAAAGUUUCGGUCGUAAGUUAAGAAUUAAAGAUAGCCUCAGAAAGUUUGCGUUAUUUAUUUGAGUAGGGAUUUAUCUCCCUUGAACUUCGCAAGUACUAAAUAUACAAAUGUGUAUACAAUUCAACUGAUUAAAAAGGUUGUUCUGGCAAAUGAAGAUCGGAAUUUAGGGGCAUUAAAUUAAUAUGGUAAAUCAUCAAAAAGCGAUAUCACAAGCAAAACAUUUCGCUUCCAUAAAAAAGAAAUUGUUAGUAAAUGAAGCGAUGGUCCACGUAAAAAAUGAAAAUUACCAUAAGGCCAUAUACCUUUACAAUAAAGCAUUAGAUCUUGAGCCAAAUGAUAACAAUGCAUUAAUAGCACGAAGUAAAUGUCAUCUUUUAUUAGGAGAGCCCCAGAAAGCACUGCAAGAUGCUGAGAAUGCAUUACGAUAUAAAAUGAAAAAUGUCAGCAUGGCUAACGCAAUAUACUGUAAAGCAGAAGCUUUAUACUGCAUUGGUGAUUUUGAAAUGAGUCUUGUAUAUUAUUACCGUGGCAUGAGAAUACGUCCAGAAUACGGACAGUUCCGCCUCGGUGUUCAAAAAGCGAAAAAUGCGAUACAAAAUAUACUACGUAAAAAUUGAAUGUUUCUAUCAUAAAAACGUAAUUAUACAGAAUACUUGAAAUAACAUCUUUUUAAAUCGACGAUUUUUAUAAGUUUAGCGGUUAAUCAACCAUGAUAGAAACUGUUAAAUAUGUUUACAAAUAUGUACAAUAAAACAUUUAUAUAUACUUAAA